AUGUUGGAAGAUAUUCUGUUCCACUAUCUAAAUAUGGGAGCAUCACAAUUUUUGAAAGACUUCAGAAUGGAAUACAAAGUGAAGAAAAAUGCUGAAUUAAGAAAGACUGUCACUCAACGAAAAGAAAAGCGACAGGAAAAGAACGAUAGUGUUCCAUUUAAGGUAAAAAAUGACAUUUUAAUCUCAAUUUGUUGAUUUUAGAAAACAGACUGUGGGAAUUUAUUUGGUUUUCCUUCAGUGACAGACAGACGGACAGACCGGCUGAUGGACUAUAACAAACUGGAACUUAUAAUCCUAGAAUCGUACUAGAUAAUUGAAAGUACCUAUAAUGCAAUUCUAUUGUAUUUUUUGAAUUAGGAUAUCGAAAGUGACCGGAGUGAAAAUAAAAUUGUCUCUCAUGGGAGACUAGUCGGUUUCACAAACAAAUAUAAAGAUGCUGGCCUAUGUCGUGUCUACAACAAAUCACAACUUUUGAUGUUGUGUGAAGCAUACGGUGUUCGUGUCACAAACAGGAGCAACAAAACAGUGUUGUCAAACAAGUUGAUGGAAGCAAUCACAACACAUGCAUGUAUCCCGUUCAUUUAUCCUGUUAAUGAUCGUCAGUACACAGUGGUUCAAUCAUCCGAAGUUGAUGGACAGUUUCGAAUUCGUCUUCGCUUAACAAAUGCAAUAUAG